GCGGCGCUGAUAGGAUCUGGACUCGUACCUGGGGCAACUGGGAUGGAUUUAGCAGAACACGGUGCCUGAGACAGUUGAGUCUAGUGGCACGGCGAUCCAAUUGCGGGGGAUCAAGACCAUGUUCUCGCGUAAGAAGUGCCUGAAGCAUCUCGCCAUUGCAACCAUGUGAUGCAAGUUGCGGAAAAGUUUGCGCAAAGCGUCUUGUCAAGUCGGCGAAGCAAUAAUAAAAAGAGCAAAUAAAGAGCCCAGGAGACGUUGCUGCGGACACACGUGGAAUUCCAUGGAGCCACGCUGACCGCAAGGAAUCACUUUCUCCUUUGGUGCCCCGCGAGGUCAAUUGCGAGUUCACGCUAUAUAUCUAAGUCCAGCCGCUGUAGUCAGAUACGGGCUUAUCGCGUAUACUUGCUGCCAGUGUGUACAUUGUACAGUACUACCAUCUGUCUGAUGUGAGCCAACUUGCACGAGUUGGUCUCCCUGCGCCUUUCACUGCCACCGCUGCUUUUGACACCAGAUCAGGCGAUAGCCAGCCUGUUACUCUCUUUUCGAACGUCGUAUCAACUCGACUUUCGCUACCUCACCGCCCCUCUGUCACUCUCUACCCUUUCGCGACGACGAGUCCGUACCGUAUCUCCAACAUGGACUCUCCGGCAACGAACGGCGAACAGCCCCUGAAUCCGGCCAAGCACAAGCUCAUUGAGCAAACCAUCAGGACUCCGGGGAGACAGCCGUCGCCGCAGCCUACAUUGCUGGGAGUGCCAGGUGCCUCCAGCUCCAAUCAGUCGCUGCACCGGAUCCUUUCUGACCACAGUUCUGGCUAUGUCGCCCCUAAGUUUGAGGGCAAGAAAGCCCAGAUGGAGGAAGUCAUGGACCUCAUUGAAGAGAAAGGCUUCCUGCCCCCUGAAUUCAUAGCUUCCGAGACCGAGUGGUUCUACAAUGCCCUUGGCAUUGACGACAUGUACUUCGCAACCGAGACGGUCGAAGCAGUCGCGAGCAACAUCCUUUCGCUGUACGCAGCAAAAUUGGCGGCAUAUGCUCGAGAUGAUAAAAAGUUGGAAAUCAGAGUCGCCAAAGAGGCGGCUGACCACGCCGUGUACAUUGAUACAAGCAAGCCCGGGCUCAGCAAUAUUGGGGGCCCGGGUUACGAGCAAAGGAUCGACGAGAAGUACAUCGACGGAUCCACGCCGAGCAAAAGCUACCGCGUCGAGUCCUUCCGCUCUACCAACGCCCUCCCCGAGAAUCCCGAUGAGUCGCUACGCUGCUACUUCGUAUACCAAUGUCAAUUCCAGAAUUCCAACCCGGGACCGGACGAGACCGAUCUCGAAGUUAUCGGCGAGAAGAGAUUCUUGCAAAAAGCCACCCAAAAGACCAAAGAGAUCUACCAAGAGAUCAUCACCUAUGCUGUGCAAAGAACCGGCCCAGUCAUAGAAAUGUUCGAGAUGGAAGGCACACGCGAGAAGAGGCUGGUGAUCGCAUAUCGACAAGGCUCGGCCCUGGGCGUGUUCAGUGCCCUGUCAGAUCUCUACCAUUACUACGGAAUCACCAGCUCAAGAAAGUAUGUCGAGCAGUUCUCCAACGGCAUUACAGUCAUCUCUCUCUACCUCAAGCCCGCCACCAACGACAUUGCAAAGUCUCGAUACCCGCCGAUCGAGGCUUCGAUCCACCAAAUCAUCAAGGAGGUCUCAUUAUUGUUCUGCAUUCCCCAGAACAAGCUGCAAGGGCAAUUUGCAAGCGGCAACCUGAGCUUGCAGGAAAGUAUUUACGCUCAUUGCGUGCAUAUCUUCGUCCAACAAUUCCUCAACCGCCUGGGAUCUGAAUAUGCCUCACUGGUGGCCGCGUUGAAAGGAGACAGUAACACGAAUGCAGAGUUACUUGCCAAGAUCAAGAAGAGACUCCGCGAGGAGACUUUCACGGCCGACUAUAUCCUCGAGAUCAUCAACAAAUAUCCCGAUUUGAUCCGCUCCCUAUACCUCUCAUUUGCCAACACACAUUAUGUCCAGACCAGAGGUGACGAGGAUGAUUUUAUCCCGACCCUCAGCUACCUGCGCUUGAAUGUGGAACAGGUGCUUGACGACAAGAGUCUGGCCGAGAUGAUUUCCCAGACUGUGACCAACCAGCAUGAUGAAAUGGUCAUGCAAUACUUCCUCACGUUCAACCGAGCCGUCCUGAAGACCAACUUUUACACCCCGACGAAAGUUGCCCUCAGUUUCAGACUCAAGCCCAGCACUGACUUCCUACCCGAGCAUGAAUACCCGCAACCGUUGUAUGGCAUGUUUUUGGUCAUCGGCUCCGAGUUCCGAGGCUUCCAUCUGCGGUUCCGUGAUAUCGCCCGUGGUGGCAUCCGAAUCGUCAAGUCCCGUAACAAGGAACUUUACGCCAUCAAUGCCCGAACGCAGUUCGACGAGAACUACAACCUUGCCAACACGCAACAGAGGAAGAACAAGGAUAUCCCCGAAGGCGGAUCCAAGGGCGUGAUCUUACUUGAUUUCAACCAUCAAGAUAAGGGCCGGGUCGCCUUUGAGAAGUACAUCGAUAGUAUCAUGGACCUUCUCUUGCCUCCAACCAGCCCGGGCAUCAAAGACCCGAUCGUUGAUCUUUACGGACAGGAAGAGAUCCUUUUCAUGGGCCCCGACGAGAACACUGCGGAUCUUGUUGACUGGGCAACAGAACACGCGCGUAACCGGGGAGCACCUUGGUGGAAGUCAUUUUUCACGGGCAAGAGUCCGAAAUUGGGUGGCAUCCCGCACGACAAGUACGGAAUGACCACAUUGUCCGUUCGUGAAUACGUCCUGGGCAUCUACCGCAAGUUGAACCUUGAUCCCAGCAAGAUCAGGAAGCUCCAGACCGGCGGUCCCGACGGAGACUUGGGCUCGAAUGAAAUCCUGCUCAGCAACGAGAAAUACAUUGCCAUUGUUGACGGGUCUGGUGUCCUGUUCGAUCCCAACGGCUUGGACCGGGACGAGCUGAUCCGUCUAGCCAAGAAGCGGGUGAUGAUUCAAGAGUACGACAUGUCCAAGCUCUCAUCGGAAGGAUAUAGAGUGUUGGUUGACGAGUCGAACAUCACAUUGCCGAGCGGUGAGAAAGUGCACAACGGCAUGACGUUCCGCAACACUUUCCACCUGCGCGACGGCACAUCAUACGACCUGUUCGUGCCCUGUGGCGGCCGACCCGAGUCGAUCGACCUGUCCACGACAAGCAAGCUCAUCGCCAACGGCAAAUCUACGAUUCCGUACAUUGUCGAAGGAGCCAACCUGUUCAUCACGCAAGACGCCAAACUCCGCCUCGAAAAGGCCGGCUGUAUCAUCUACAAGGACGCCUCGGCCAACAAGGGCGGCGUGACUUCGUCCUCGCUCGAAGUUCUGGCCAGUUUGUCUUUCGAUGACCAAGGGUUCAUUGAGAACAUGUGUGUCCAUGCCGACGGCACAAUCCCGGACUUCUACAAGGCCUACGUCAAGGAGGUCCAAGAAACCAUCCAACGCAAUGCCCGACUCGAAUUCGAGGCCAUCUGGCGCGAACAUCACAAGACGGGUAUUCCCCGCUCCCGACUUUCCGACCAGCUCUCGUUGGCCAUUACAAAACUCGAUGAGGAGCUUCAAAAUUAUAAUGAUUUGUGGGACAAUUUGCCUCUGCGCAUCGCGGUCUUCAAGGAAGCCCUCCCCAAGACCCUGCAGAGCAAGAUCGGCAUCGAUAAGAUCCUCCAGCGCGUGCCGGAGAAAUACCUCAAGGCCAUCUUUGGCAGUUAUUUGGCCAGUCGCUUCGUCUAUGAGUACGGGCCUAGCCCGAGUCAGUUUGCUUUCUUUGAUUUCAUGAGGAAGAGGCUUGCUGGCGCUAUUACAAAUGGGCAGUAAAGAACAUGCAUCGGUAGCAGACCUAGGUCUGGAAAAUGAAGGAAUGUUCUGGGGGACAGAGAAGAGAAGAGCAACUCACCCGCAAUGAUUGAUACAUGGAUUUGAAAUUAAAAGUUGAACUAAUUUUGAUGUUGAUGUGAUGCACUUGAUGUUGAAGAUGGAGUACUGUACAAGCUGAGCCAACCUCAGUUUGUGCACCUCUUACAGUAUCUACCUUGGUAGGUGAUGUUGAUGGACAAGACGACAACUCUAGCCGGAAAUAAAAACUUAAGUUUGGGGCAAGAUAGAAAUCGACCUUUUUAUGAGAGCUCAACCUCGCUGACUGAUUGCACCUGAAAACGCCUAAAUGAAGCGUGAUCCAGUACACGCCAUGCAAAACCUGACCAGUCCAAAACUAGUACAAUGUGUUGCGUAGAAUAGUGCACAAGGUAGCUGUAUCUGCGACUGAUACUUUUGAUGCCAGUGUGAUGAACCAUUGGGAUGAAGUCAGUUGCUUCCAUCGCCGUCACUGUUCUGAGAAACACCGCCUCCUUCACCUCCCUCACCUCUAG